AUGGGUUCCAAAUAUAGUUUGGUUGCACUUUUCCUGUUACUUCUCCACCCUGUGGUUCUCUCAGGACCUACCAAUGGGAUAAUUAGAGUCGGAUUGAAAAAGAACAAAAUUCUCAAAAGACAUACUGAUGAAGUAGGAGCAACUUUGAGAGAUGAAAAUUCAGAUGAUAUAAGUAAUAUUCGGUUGAAGAACUACAUGAAUGCUCAGUAUUUUGGUCAGAUUAGUAUUGGUACUCCUCCUCAGAAAUUUUCUGUUAUAUUUGACACUGGAAGUUCCAACCUUUGGGUGCCUUCCUCCAAAUUUCUUCCUUUGAUUUAUGCAGGGUCAUCAGCUGAAAUCCAUUAUGGAACUGGGCAAAUUUCAGGUUUCUUUAGCCAGGACCAUGUCAAGGUUGGAGACUUGAAUGUUUAUGACCAGGAUUUUAUUGAGGCAACUAGAGAGCCUAGCCUCACAUUUUUGGCAGCCAAAUUUGAUGGCAUUUUGGGGUUAGGAUUUCAAGAGAUAUCUGUGGGGAAUGCUGCUCCUAUCUGGUAUAAUAUGCUAAAUCAACAGCUUGUAGCACAACCAGUAUUUUCAUUCUGGUUAAACCGCAAGACUGAUGAGGAACAGGGCGGUGAGAUUGUUUUUGGUGGAGUUGAUUCAGACCAUUACAAGGGUGUGCACACAUAUGUCCCAGUUACUCAUAAAGGCUAUUGGCAGAUUGAAAUAGGAGAUGUCCAAAUUGAUGGCGAAACAACUGGAUUUUGUGCUGCCAAGUGCUCUGCAAUUGUUGAUUCUGGAACCUCUUUAUUGGCUGGCCCAACGGGUGUCAUUGCUCAAAUCAAUCAUGCAAUUGGAGCGGUUGGUGUUGUGAGCCAAGAAUGCAAAGCAGUGGUUGCUCAAUAUGGAAAAGUCAUAUUGGAUAAGCUGAUGAAUAAGGCUUUGCCACAACAGAUCUGCUCUCAAAUUGGUUUGUGUACUUUUGAUGGUACUCAAGGUGUAAGUAAGGGCAUCCAGAGUGUGGUUGAUAAAAACAUAAAGAAGACAUCUUAUAGUUGGAAUGAUGCUGGAUGCACAGCUUGUGAGAUGGCUGUGGUAUGGAUCAAAAAUCGUCUACGAUUAAACGAGACAGAAGAUCAAAUCUUAGACUAUGCCAAUUCGCUGUGUGAUAUGGUUCCCAAUCCAAACGGAGAAUCAGUUGUUGAAUGCAGUACUUUAUCUGAGAUGCCAAAUGUUUCAUUCACCAUAGGGGGAAAAGUGUUUGAGCUUUCCCCAGAACAGUAUAUUCUUAAAGUGGGGAAAGGAGCCACAGCACAAUGCAUUAGUGGAUUUAUAGCUUUAGACAUUGCUCCUCCUCGAGGACCUUUAUGGAUUUUGGGAGACAUUUUCAUGGGUCGGUAUCAUACAGUGUUCGAUUAUGGCAAUAUGAAAGUUGGAUUUGCUGAAUCAGCAUAA